CCCUACUAAAGUAGUAAUUUUUCCUAAUUUCCAGGUUGGCCAGAGAUUUGAAUAGCUUAAAACAUUGACCCCUCGUCCUGCUUUCCGUGCAAUACCCAUUAACAUCUUUCAUUUGGAUAAAUUUAAACAAUUGAACGAUUAUGUUAAACAUGUAGCAUUCUUUCGCAAAAACCCAUCUAGAAAAGAAGUUUUAGGUAGUAUAAGGCACUUUUACAUUUUUCGGUCUCUCUCUCUCUCUUUUCUAUCAUGGCUUUUUAGACUAUGCACACCAGAAAAAAAAAAGCACAAUGAUAGCCAAAAAAUAUUUCAUGCCAUUUUGUAAAAGCUAACUAUAGCACCAUGCGCUGCACAAUGAAAAAGGAUUCAGUGUAACCUAAAAUGGUCACUUUCACCUGCAUCUUUGUAUCCAUUACAUUGCUCCUGACAUUUUUGGCCACGCUUUUUCUCACACUCAGUCUCUUUUCUAAUGAAUGGGAAUACAUCACAUACAAGACAGAAAGAGUGGAAGAUAUCGCCGAAUCCAAAAAUCAUUCUUUGGGCUGGAUCAUUACUGGACAGUUGGCUCGCAUUGAAAUUCAAGUGCCUCAUGCAACUGGUGACAACAAUCGGAGUGGUGUUGUCAGGAAAAAAGUGUUUUAUUUGUUGCCAGCUCAUGGAGGAGUCAACAAACUUUGCGUGGACAUAUCAGAACCCAUCCGAGAAAGAAUGAAAACAGAUGGUCAAAAAAGCGAAAACUGCAUUUCAUACCUUUCAAAUGAGAAAGUCAUUUCUAAAGAUUCUUGGCUUGAUCGAAUGCGUAAUUUAGCUAUGUCAUGCGCAAUUGUAUCUCUAAUACUAUUGGGCUGUUCGGCUCCUCUUGGUAUUUUAGGAAUUUUCAAGAAACAGAUCAGCACAAUAAUGGUUACAGGUGUUAUGUACAUUUUGGCAGCUGUCUUUGGCAUCUUCAACCUCGUUUUUAUGCGUUUCAAACGAGUAAAACCGGAUGGCUUUUACACAAGUACUGUAUUUGACAAAGGUAUUCCUGAAGAUUACAUGAAGACAAGAAUAUUCACUGUUGGAUGGCCACCCUCUAUAGAAUGGGCUGGUCUCUGCCUCUGCCUCAUAGCAAGCUUAUUCUGGCUCAUGUUGGCGAAAAUAUUCCGGUUUCUAAUAUUGGCUCCAUCAUGAACUUCCAAGGGAAAAACAAAACCGUCAAUCAAGUUGAAACAUUUUCAAUUGAAGAUUGCACUGGGUCAGGGCGUAAUGGGGAUGGAGGUUAAUUCCUCAGAGCCUAUGUUAUUAGCAAUGUUGCCAAUCCUUGUAUGGCAAAAAUGUAAGAACUGCUAUGAACCUGCAACCCCCCCCCCCCCCCCUCUGAAGAGAAAAUACUGGCUUGUAACAAGCAACCCUUUUCCAUGAGAAAAUUUAGUUGCGCUAGUGCAUUAUGUUGUGUGGCCGUGUUGCGUGAGUCAAGUUUGAAUUUCGACUCAAGACAAGGAAAAAGUUUUCAAUGAAGCUGAAGUAGUUGGAUUUAACAAUCAAAUAUGAUGUGAAUAAAACGAUUCAAGUCUGAUCAGAUAUAUGUUUGACUGUAGUCAAAAAAAGAUGUGUAAAUGAAUGUACUGUACUAAGCUAGUUCUGUACUAAGCGUAUUUUAUUUUUUGCUAAUACUUUUUAUGAAUGAAAAUAAAAUACAUUACAUAAAGUAUAAUAGCAACGGAACAAAA